CAAAAAAUAAAAGAGAUAAUGCUUUACUUGUACCAAAAAAAAAAAAAAAGAGAUAAUGCUUUACUCAAAGCUUUGAAUUUGAGUGGUGCAUUGGCCUAAGAAUGGGAAUUUUAUCAUUUCUCUCACUUCCACUAUGUGCUGCUGCUGCCUCUGCUACUCCAAGAUGCAUAGUGGAUGCAAAGGGCUUGAACAACAAAAUUUCAAUAUUAACAGUGGAAAAAUAUUAUUCAAGAAGGUUGAUUCUUCAGUUUAUGAGUAUUAACCAAAUAUUAUGCCAUGUUACUCCUUCUUUGGCUAAACCAAUCAUGGACAUGAAUGAACCACAAGUCAUAAGGACUUUGAAGCUAGCCAAUGGAGUGAGAGUUCAAGAUGUUAUUGAAGGGGAAGGACCGGAAGCACGUGGCGGUGAUUUGGUUGAAUUCAAUUGUGUAUGCAGACGUGCAAAUGGAUACUUUGUUUUUAGUACAGUAGACCAAUUCAGUGGAGAAAGCAAUCCUAUUAUACUUCCUUUGGAUGAGGAUGAGAUGAUAUUGGGCUUAAAGCAGGUCCUGACUGGCAUGAGAAUUGGAGGAAAGAGAAGAGCAUUGAUUCCACCAUCGGUAGGAUAUGUAAAUGAGAACUUGAAGCCAAUACCUGAAGAGUUUGGCCCUCGACGCAGCCUUCUUUCUCAUGCACAGGAGCCUUUGGUAUUUGAAGUUCAACUCUUGAAAAUUUUGAGUACUCCACAACAAUCUGAAAAUAAUUGAAUUUAGUUUUUACCAUCAGCCGCAUACACAAUCACACGCGGAUAUUCAAAUAUAUCGAAGUUGUUUUCCUCUCAUGUUGAACAAAGCUAGAAAAAACUGUGUUCAUAUCAGAAAUAGAAUCCAUUGGCAAUAUCUGAGAACUCGUUUAAUCCCAUAAGAAACAGGAUGAUUUCAUCUUUAAAUUUCUUCAAAUUGCGCACCACUUUGUAAGAGUAUUUCAUAGGAUAAUUGUAUUUGGAGAAAGGCCGAUAGUGCUCGAGUUCUUUGCUUCUGUAAAAUAAUUAGAAAUAGACAAAUGAUUAUGCUUAAGUUA